CUCAAACACCUUUCAUCACCAGUUACCUGGCAGUGCUGGAACGGGCGGGUUGGCAUUUGAGAUGCCGCAAGUCCCGACCUCUUAUUGCGAUGAGAUGGACCUAGGACGAUCGACCAUUAUUCCCUCCCAUACCUUUAUGACUCCUCAGCCAAUGGACACCGAUCCAGUCGACCUCAAUUAUGACAUCCAUACUGUGGAGAGUCAUACCUCGGCCAUGUGGUCUCCCGUAUCAGACGACGGGCUCCACGACUUUAGGCCUACCCAUUCCAUCCGGGUCUCCAAUGGGCGGAAGACCAUCAAGCCAGCACGACGCCCGAAAAAAUACCCCCAGCGCAAGCCAAGCACGCGGAGGCCGGGCAAGGAACAAACCAUCCCCUUGAGGUCUGGUCAUAUGAUGGAAGUCGUCAUCGGAGAAAAUAUCCGACCCGGUCCGGAUGGGCGGUUGGAAGCCGACCGGGACAUGUCUCCCAAGGAGCAGCAUCAAUGCAGCUUUACCAUCACGACCCCCGACGGCGUGAGGCAGCGAUGUGAGAGAACGUUCAAGAGACAGGAACACCUCAAGCGACAUGAGAACACGACUCAUUCUGACCGGAAGCCAUACAAGUGUCCCGUGGUCUUCAAGGCGACCGAGAACGGUCGCCGCAAGUCCUGUGGUCGGGAGUUCAACCGACAUGAUAACUUGUGUGAGCAUUAUCGGACGCACAUCAAUCCGAGCAAUGCUCCCCGCAACGCGAGAUUGACGCCGGCCGAACUCAUCGAUAUCAUCCGGAAGAACACGGAUCCCGAGCAUGUGAAGAAGGCCAUUCCGAAGUUAGAGAAGAUCGUUGGUCAACUUGGUAUUCCCUAUCAUUAGUACCAGGACGUGGGACAAUGGGCUAGGGUCAUCGGUUUUUUAUGUUUUGAUGCUUAGCGACCAAAGACUCUAAAGACUCAUUAUCAACCACUAUGAUACUAACGUAUUCUCUAUUGUCUAAUGUUUCACGAGAUCCUCGUUACAUUGUAUAGCUUUCCUUCGAUCUGUUCACUCAUUUUUCAAAGAGGAUUGUAGUCGAGCUUGGUGACAACUAGAAUUAUGGAAUAAUAGGAACUGGAAAUGAAGGCAAUGGAAUUGAAGCGGUCUC